AUGCGCGAGGGUAAAGCAGGAUUUCAAGAGAACGUUUUUAACUAUUUAACAUCGAGAUUAUUAAAAGUGAGCAUGAAUCUGGACUUUACUAAAGAAAUUUUAAUUAAAACAAAAAUGGAAGUUGAAGAUAGUAAGAAACAUGAUUUUAUAAUUAAUAUUGAUAAAGAUAUUAAUAAAAAAGAAUAUCGUGUACAUUCAAUUAUUAUUGAAACAAGAUCCACUUACGUUCAAGAUGCCAUUUCUAAUGGAUUAGCAAGAAAAGAAAAUGAUAUUUUUAUUUUAGAACUUCCUGAUAUUUCUGUUGAUGUGUUUGAUAUUCUAAUUAGUUAUAUUUAUGGUGGCAUCAUCGACCUUGAUAAAAAGGAUGCCUCAGAUAUUUUGAAUCUUUUAAUUGCUUGUGAAAUAUUCAAACUUAAAGAAUUAUACGAUUAUAUUCAAGAUUAUCUUAUCAAUAAUUAUCAAGAUUGGCUCAAACAAAAUUUUGCUUUAAUUCAACAAGUUGGUUCCAAAACAUCGGAAUUUACAAAAUUACAAGAUUAUUGGUCAACAACUAUUCGUAAAGAACCUAAAAUUUUAUUUAAUGCGAUCGAUUUUACAACUGUUGAUAAAGAAGCAUUAUUAUCUAUUUAUAAAGAUGAAGAAUUAUGUAUGGAAGAAAAUGAAUUAUGGGAUCGUAUUAUUCAUUGGGGUAAAGCUCAGAAUACUGAUUUUCCAGAAGAUAUCGAUAAAUGGACGGCAAAAGAUUUUAACGUUUUAAAGAAAACUAUAGAUGAUUUCCUACCUCAUAUUAGAUUUUAUGAAAUUUCAUCAGAAGAUUUUUGUUACAAGAUUAUGCCAUAUAAUUCACUUCUUUCUAAUGAUUUAUAUCAAGAUCUUUCAAGAUAUCAUUUAGUAUCAAGUUGGACCCCAAAAUUUAAUCGUCUCACUCCAAGAAGAAAAAACAUACCGUUAGAUUCUAAAUUGAUUAAUUUUGAACAAGCAAUACUUAUUUCUUCUUGGAUUCAAGGAAACAAAGAUAACAAGAUACAAAAUAAAUUUAAGAAAAAUUAUUAUGAUUUUCAAUUAAUUACUCGUGGAAGUCGUGAUGGAUUUACGGGUGAGAUAUUUCAUAAAAUGUGUGAUAAUAAAGGUCCUACAAUCACAGUUUUGAGAUUAAAAAAUGAAUCGUCAAUCCUUGGGGGUUAUAGUCCUAUCGAUUGGGAUAUUAAUAAACGUGGUAAUUUUGAAAAAACUUUGGAUAGUUUUAUUUUUAGUUUCAUAGAUAAGGAAACAAUUCUAUCUAGAGUUAAAGAACCCGAUAAUGCUAUAUAUCAAUUUGAUGGUUCAAAUUUUGUUGAUUUACAAUUAAACUACACUUUUAAUUCCAAAAAUGGCGUAUAUUACUCUCUACGUGCAUAUGAAAAGCAAAUAAUACAAAAUGAAGGCAAUUUUGUUGUUGAUGAAUAUGAAGUUUUUAGCGUAACUAAAAAAAGUGGAUGA